CAGGCACCAAGCCUCCCAAAGCCUCAGACCAAUCCGAGUCUUGGACUCCCGAACUAGAACUCGCAUUUUCUCUGCCCAAAGUAGAACUCCCAAACCAGAAGUUGCAUCGUCGUAGAAAAUCUCGGGGCGAACUUGCCUCUCUAUGCUGGCGGCGGCAGCAGUGGAAGUGGCAGUGGCGGACCGGCGGUGGCAUCAUCAAUAUGGGUGGACGGAAAAUGGAGUGGGCAGGGAGGCCAAUCCAUUUGGGAGGGAUACCUCGGACGUGCGUGUUCAAUGCGGUGGGAGCAUUCGCAAAGUUUGUGGGGAAUUUUCUCAACUCCACCACUGUCCACAACGCCGAAACCCUCAUCCGUCUCGUCCGAUCACGACCUUCCGGUGUUCCCCUAAUCACCGUCAGCAACCACAUGUCCACGUUGGAUGACCCUGUUAUGUGGGGAUUCAAGGGAUUUCCCACAGAAGAUGCAAAACUAGCUCGAUGGGUGCUGGCUGCAGAAGACAUCUGCUUCAAAAAUUCAAUUAUGACGUAUUUUUUUCGGCUUGGAAAAUGCAUUCCCAUAACCAGGGGUGCUGGAAUUUAUCAGGAACACAUGAACGAAGCUCUCGAUCGCUUGAGUGAAGGAGCCUGGUUGCAUACAUUUCCAGAAGGAAAAGUGUGCCAAGAAGAUGCACCAAUCAGGCGAUUAAAAUGGGGAACUGCCAGUCUCAUUGAACGUGCUCCUGUAACCCCAAUAGUUUUGCCAAUUGUACAUCGUGGUUUUGAGAAGGUGAUGCCUGAGAAAGCUUUCUUUGGCAGAAGACCGCCAUUUCCUCUCUGCAAUAAAGAUAUCAAAAUAGUUGUCGGAGAGCCAAUAGAAUUUGAUCUUCCAAAAUUGCGGGAGACAGCCAUGUCCAUGUCUGGAGUUUCAUCAUUUCCUGGAUGGCCAGCAGCAUCCCCUCACAGACUUGAUGAUGCAGUGCGGAAAUGGCUCUAUAUUUCCAUCUCUGAACAAAUCCAAACUGUCAUGGAGAGCUUACGAGGUUUCAGUAACACACUUUUUAGAUUACAAAGAUGAUUUAUAUAUGAAUUCUUUUCAUUUAAUAAUAAAGCACAUCCAGUUGGUUUAGGAAUUUUGACCAUUCAAAUUUUGUACUUCAUGAGAGAUCCUGUAACCAUUGAAUUAUUUGUAUUCCUUCCCUAUUUUUUAUUUUCAUAAUGAAAUAUUUAUUUGGAAGAUAGAAUGAAGAGAUCAAAGACAUUAUGUAGUUUCCCAAGGGUGUAUAGUCUUCCAAGAGAGUGGCGGGAAGAGGAGUCUUAUAAAUGAGUGGAGGCUUCCAAUCAAGGAGAUGAAGUCUCAAGAAGGUGGAGUCUUCUAUUGAGUGUGUCUUCCAAGUGAGUGGAGGAAGUUGAGUUUUCGAAUACGUGGAGGCUUCCAAGGAGGUGAAGUCUACCAGAAAGUGGAAUCCCUGAGAUAGUGUAGUCUUCCAAGGGUGGAAGAUGAUCAUAUAAAAGGAGAGAGGUAUUUACCAUGAUGGGCGAUGAAAAACCAAAAUGUGAGGAAGGAGGUGAGAAUGAUAUACGAAGGGGCUUGGGUUUGAUUAUCAAAUUGUAAUGGUUGUAUUCUUCUCUUAAUCCCAAUGGAAGUUUAGACUCUUCUAUAGACAUAAGUGAUAUUGUCGAACCACAUAAAUCUCUUGUCUCUUGUGUAUAUACUUGUUUUAUUUUAUGUGUUUGGUGUUCAUGUAUAUACGCUUGUGUAUUAUAUACAAUUCUGUAGGCGUAUACAAUUUUAUGUGUUGUACA